AUGUCGGAAGAGGUAGAAAUUAAGACUUACUUUAAGCUGGUAGACGUUGUUAAAUGGAUUGGUAUAACACAGUUCGAAAUUUUGGUCAAUCUGUUAGCCUUUCUCGUGUUCACCAUUCUCCUCACGGUGAAAGCAUCGAGCGGUGAGCUGACAGGUACGCUGACGGCUAACGAAUGGUUAGCCCUGUUCUCGCCAAUGUUCUGCGGGGAUUUUUGUAACACUUACUUUUGCAUCAUCGUCGGCAUAAGGAUGUACCUAGGUAACAAGCACCGACAGGCAAUGCAUCGACUAGUUUGGAGCAUUCCCUUUCUGCUGCUAACGUCCGGGUUCAAGUAUCUAGUGUGCAUGAAACUGUCCGGCCAGAUACAGCUCGAGUACAGUGAAGUGUUUUCGCCCAUGUUCGUACUGUUGCAGAUGAUUGCGGUGAAGGCAUGCCAGUACAACCAGCAGUCCUGAUCGCACGCCAACCAAUCACGCCGUGAGCUGCUAUCGUUUAGCAAUGAUGUGGUACUGGGAACGGUAAUUAUGCAGUGAGAACUACUAUUUUACUAUAUUUGGCUGGCAGCGCUAUGAUUAAUAUUAAUUAAUAAUAAACUUCAACAUGCUCAUAGAAGACAGAGUUGUAGUCAGAUUAGAAAGAAAUGAAGAGCAUAGAUAAGUCAGUUAAAGUUCAGCAAAGAAAAGGGAAAACAUUCUUAGUUAGAGUGGCAAAUGACAGUGAUAAAUGAUGGGAUUUUAAUAUUUAGUCAUUUUCAAGACCCAAUAUUCACGCUAUUUUCUUAAGAAUUGCA